AGCACACACACUCAUAUACACACGUCUACGCUUAUACACACUCACACACAGAGAGAAGGUAGCGCAUUAGGGUUGCUGAAAGUGGAUUUGUGGCAUUAGGAGCACUUUUUUUCCAGACAUGGAAGAACUCACGGCGUUCGUCUCGAAAUCCUUCGAUCAGAAGACCAAAGAAAGCAGCAAAGAGAGCAUCACGUACAGGGAAGUUUUGGAAAGCGGCUUAGCGCGGGCCAGGGAGCUUGGGAACUCGGAGAGCAGCCUGCAGGACAUUACCGACAGCAACACACACUGUCCAGUACAUCUCUUCAAGGAACACAUGGAGCUGGACAAGGACAAGCUGAAGGAGUUUAAUGUGACCAGGGCGAGUGAAGGGAUCUAUGAGUGCAAAGAGAAAAAAGAGGAUGUAAAAUCCGAGGACGAGGACGCCCAGAGCAAACUGAAACAGAGACGGAGCAGGACAAACUUUACCUUAGAGCAGCUGAAUGAACUGGAGCGCUUGUUUGAUGAGACGCAUUACCCAGACGCCUUCAUGCGGGAAGAGCUGAGCCAAAGACUGGGACUGUCCGAGGCCAGGGUUCAGGUUUGGUUUCAGAACAGAAGAGCAAAAUGCCGAAAACAAGAAAAUCAGAUGCACAAAGGUGUUAUUUUGGGCUCCGCCAGUCACUUGGAUGCAUGCAGAGUCGCUCCCUACGUGAACAUGGGCGCAUUACGGAUGCCAUUUCAACAGGUCCAAGCCCAGCUCCAGUUGGAAGGGGUUGCUCACUCACAUCCUCACCUGCAUCCUCACCUGGCAGCUCAUGCUCCCUACUUGAUGUUUCCUCCUCCACCCUUCGGACUACCAAUCGCCUCCCUGGCAGAUUCGGCUUCGGCGGCGGCCGCUGUGGCAGCAGCUGCCAAAAGCAACAGCAAAAACUCCAGCAUCGCUGACCUGCGACUCAAGGCGGGACUGCUCGGAGGCCACUGGCUCAACCCUUUCCAGGCCCAGAUCACAGCCCAAGGACCAUACAAAAAUCUCUGGAUGUCUGUCUGAUGUCUGUCUGUCCCAGCGCAUAGGAGUGGAGACUCCUAAAAAACGAACAAAGCAAAAGG